GCGACCACGCUCCACUGUAAUAUUUCGGUGUAUGUCGGCGUCGAUCAAAGAAUGUAGAAUAUACACCUGUAUACACAGUGAGCGCAUAUAGUACCUGUUCCAAUUACCUGCAACUUUCGUGUUGCACUGUUUAUUCUAAAAUGGCUGGAGAGGCCACGGAAGUAAAGAGUGAAGUGAAAUCCGUUCUGGAUAUACUGAAAGCACCUGGCGAUGAUGAGCAAAAAUUCGGCUUGUUGAUCGGCUUGAUUCAAGGGAAUCAGGUGUCCAACAAGGAUGUUGUCGACACAGUGUUGCACCUGUUGGUGGGAGGAGAGUUUGACAUUGAGGUGAACUUUGUGAUCCAGGAAGCGCAGAACAUCCUCCACAUGCUGCAGCUGCUGAAGACAUGUCCCAUCACACUGCAGGCAGAAAUAUGGAGUGUGUUCACAGCCACACUGAAGAAGAGUCGCCGGAACCUGCACGCAUGUACAGAGGUUGGCCUCAUUGGCCGGGUGCUAGAGCUGCUGGAGAGUUCGGAUGACAUGGUGGCAGGCAUCAGUGACUUGCUGACUGACAUGCUCGGCUCACUAGCAAGUUACAGUAUCACCGUCAAAGAACUUAAAUCACUCUUUACUCUUCUGAAAACCAAAGAUGGGAAGUGGCAACGCCACUCCGUGAAGCUGCUGAAUGUGCUGAGGCAGAUGCCUCAGAGACACGGACCUGACGAGUUCUUUAGUUUCCCAGGAAAGAAGGGAUCGCAUAUUGCCUUGCCACCGAUCAAGAACUGGCCCUACCAGAAUGGCUGGACUUUCUCAUGCUGGAUCCGGCUAGAUCCAGUCACAGGGGUCAAUGUGGAGAGGGAGAAGCCCUUCUUGUUUUGUUUCCGUACCAGUAAGGGUGUUGGAUAUUCUGCCCACUUCGUUGGCGAGGCACUCGUCAUCACCUCCAUGAAGGUCAAGGGCAAAGGAUUCCAAAACUGUGUCAACUACAAUUUUGCUCCACGGAGGUGGUACAUGGUGACUAUCUCCCACGUGUACAACCGAUGGAGCAAGUCAGAAAUCAAGUGCUACGUUGACGGCCAACUUGUAUCGUCAGCUGACAUGUCAUGGCUUGUGAGCACCAGUGAUCCUUUUGACAAGUGUUACCUGGGAUCCAGUUCAGAUGGAGACACAGACCACAUGUUCUGUGGUCAAAUGUCCACUGUGUACCUGUUUAGCGAGGCCAUCCAGCCCCACCAGAUUGUGGCCAUGUACCAGCUGGGUCCAGGAUACAAGAGCCAGUUUAGGUUUGACAAUGAGAGCCUGGCCUCACUUAACGAUGCCGCCAAGAGGGUUCUGUAUGAUGGGCGGCUGACCAACUCAAUCGUGUUUAUGUACAACCCCAUCGCCUGUGACAGUCAGCUCUGUCUCGAGUCUUCACCUAAAGGAAACCCCUCCUACUUCCUACAUUCCCCACAUGCUCUGAUGACACAGGAUGUCAAGGCUGUGAUCACUCAUUCCAUACACAGCACACUCCACUCCCUGGGAGGAAUACAGAUCCUGUUCCCCCUGUUCGGGCAGCUGGAUGCCCCCGUGGACCGAGGGCCCAAGGAGGAGAGUGUGGUUGACAACACAACAUGUGCCUCCCUGAUGAGCCUGCUGUGUGAGCUCCUGGAGAGUUCCCUCAACAUCCAGCAACAGUUCAUGCAGAACAGAGGCUUCCUCGUCAUCAGCUACCUGCUGGAGAAGUCGUCGCGGGAUCACAUCACCCCGGCAGUGUUGGAAGCUUUCCUGAAGCUGACCAAGUACCUCGUGGAGCUCCCUUCAGGGGGACUCCUCCUCAAGCACCUGUUUGACUACAUCCUCUUUAACCCUGCUCUGUGGGUACAUUCAUCCGUGGAGGUCCAGACCAAGCUUUACUGUUACCUGGCUACAGAGUUCAUCAAUGAUGCCAACAUCUACAACAACAUCCGGCGUGUGAGUGCGGUGUUACAGACGAUGCACACUCUCAAAUACUACUACUGGGUCAUCAAUCCCAUAAACAGGAGUGGCAUCACGCCAAAGGGGCUGGAUGGAGAACGGCCAACCCAGGAUGAGAUCGUGAAGCUGCGGUCGUUCAUGUUGCUGUAUGUGCGGGAGUUGAUACUGAAGGGGCAGGGGAUCCUGGAGGAUGAGCUGCAGAGCAUCCUCAACUACCUCACCACCCUACACGAGGAUGACAACCUGAUGGACGUCCUGCAGUUGAUGGUGCAGCUGAUGGCAGAACAUCCGUCCUCCAUGGUGCCCGGCUUCGACAAGAAGCAGGGAGUCAGAUGUGUCUUCAAGUUGCUGGGUUCAGCCAAUGAGGACAUCCGCAUCCACACCCUCAAGUUGCUCGGCUACUUCCUGAUGCGGAGCACCCACCGGCGGAAACAGGAUGCCAUGACACCGCACAACCUGUUCUCCCUCAUCGGAGACCGACUCAUGCUGAAUGUCACCAACAUAUCUGUGGCUACCUACAAUGUGCUCUUUGAGCUGUUAACAGAGCGGAUGAGCAUAGACAUCAUUCGCAACAAGCAUAUUGAGCCAGAAUGCCACUUCCGUAUCGAAAACUCCGCUGUUCUGAAGGUGGUGGCAACCUUGAUCCGUCAGUCCAAAGUUACUAAGGAAGUGCUGGAAGUGAAGAGAAUGUUCCUGUCUGACCUCACCAUCCUGUGCAAUAACAACAGAGACAACAGGAGGACGGUGCUGCAGAUGUCGGUGUGGCAAGACUGGCUGUUCUCCAUGGCCUACAUCUACCCCCAGAACAAGGAUGAGGAGCGCAUCACCGAGAUGGUGAUGUCACUGUUCAGGAUGCUGCUCCACCAUGCCAUCAAGUACGAGUUCGGAGGCUGGAGAGUCUGGAUAGAUACCCUGGCAAUCUUACACUCCAAGGUGGCGUAUGAGGACUUCAAGAAGCACAUGACCAAGAUGUACCAGCAGUACGAGCAGCAGCGAUCUGACGACAUCACCGACCCACAGGAGAGGAUGAACAGACCAAUCAGCACCAUCUCGGGGAUAUCCGACAAUCAGGUGGAGAAACCCAUCCCCAAAUCGACCGUCCAGAUUACUGACGUCACCGACCAGGAAGCUGUGACCAAUGGGGAGAAGAGGGAAGGAGCAGACGGAUCCGAAGCACAAGACAAGAAAGGGGGUGAUGCUCAACCAGCCAAAGAUACUGAUCCAAAACAGAGACCUGAUUCUAUCACUGAGGAAAUGAAGAAGAAAUACCCUGCUGAGAUUGUUGACUUUGUUGAUGAUGUUAUCGACCAAGUUGUGACUCGAGUUGAAUCAAAAGAAAACACUGACAAUACUGCAAAUGGUGUCCAAAGGGAGGCAACUCCUGAAGGAGCUUCUGCGGAAAGCAAUAAAACAAGUGUGGAUGUUAAACCAAACCAAGAUGGUGCAGCGCCAGCUGCCAAGGUAACCCGGACUCCAUCCACUACGAGUCGAGGUGGUGAGGAGCGGCGAGGGGGGCGGACUAUAUUCAGUCCAGGUCCGCGAGCUCCUCCGUUCAGGAUCCCUGAGUUCCGCUGGUCCUAUCUGCAUCAGAAGCUCCUGUCGGACUUGUUGUUUGCUGUGGAGACUGACAUCCAAGUCUGGAAGAGCCACAGUACAAAGAAUGUGAUAGACUUUGUGAACGCAAGUGAAAACCACGUGUAUGUCGUGAACGUGACCCACAUGAUCUCCCAGUUGGCGGACAACCUCAUCACCUCCUGUGGCGGCCUCCUUCCUCUCCUGGCUGCAGCCACAUCACCGAAUGGUGAGAUUGAGAUCUUGGAACCCAACCAAGGGCUCAGUAUUGAGCAGGCAGUGUCCAUCCUGCAGCGAAUCAUGUACAUGACAGACAUCUUGGUGUUUGCAAGCUCCACGAACUUUGCUGAGUUGGAGACGGAGAAGAACAUGCCCUCCGGGGGCAUCCUCCGACAGUGCCUCAGACUUGUGUGCACUGCUGCAGUGCGGAACUGUCUGGAGUGUCGUCACCGCUACAACCCAAGGACACCGACAGAGGCUACCCCUCCAACAACAGCUACUGUCAAUGGUGUUGACCCUAUACAGUCUCUCAUAGAAGGAUCACAUCCUUCUGCUAAGAACAUUGUGGACAACCUGGCAGGUCAGAUGUCGCCCAUCAAGGACCCCGAGAAGCUGCUGCAGGAGAUGGACAUCAACCGUCUGCGGGCCGUGGUAUAUAGGGACGUGGUAGGUGUAUACGAAAAGCAUCCAUCAAUGCCCUUUGAGAAACUUGUCAAGAACAUCAUAACUACGGAGGAGACCAAACAAGCUCAGUUCCUCGCCCUGGCUAUUGUAUAUUUCUCAUCCGUCCUCAUGGUGUCAAAGUAUCGGGACAUCCUUGAACCGCCCAGUCCCGCGGCCACGCCCACCAGGUCUGCAAUCAACUCGCCCUCAGUGAAAGAUGAAGAAGAAUCUUCAGCAGGGGACACAACUCAGGAGGAGGUUAGCGAGGAGACGCCCGCGACGACUAACGGAGGCGGCAGUGAAGACCACGUCAACACCAGCAGUGAUGACACCAGUCAGACAAAUGUCGAGGUCACUGCUGAUGUCCACACAGAUACACCAAAAGAUGGGGAGGAGAAAACAGAGGAGAAGACAGAACCAAAGGUGGAAGAAACACCAGAGAAGACGGAGGCGAAACCUGAUGAAUCGAAGGAAGCAGAAGAGAUGGAAGAAAGGAGCGAACCAGCGGGAGAAACGAAGGAAGAAACUAAGUCGGGGGAAGAAUCCAAAGAACCAGCAACAGACGAUAAAGCCGAAAACAAGGAGGAUGUGGACCAGAAGAAGGAUGCAGACAAGAAGGAAGAAGUACAAGAAAAGGAUGCAGCAGAAGAAAAGAAUGAUGAAAAGCCCCAGGAAAAGACAGAGGAAGACAAGCCUGAAGGUGAUGCGAAGGCAGAGGAAGUGAAAGAAAACACAGUGGCAGAGAAAACAGAAGAUGGUGAGCAAAGUAAAGAGAAGGUGGAGGAAGGAGAGAAGAAAGAAGAUGGGAAGACGGAGGAAGUGAAGGUAGAACAAGUGAAGGUGGAAGUGGAGGCUGGGAAGGUUCCGGCAGAAACAGAUGAAACAGACGCAGCCCAAGAACAGAAACGUGAAACUGUUGGAGAAGAGGACCAGACAGACGUGCCACCAGAUGGCAGCUCUAUCCCGAUAUCGUCCAUCAGUGUGACUGGAGACGUCAGCAGCAUCGAUCACACGGCCACUACUAAACCCGACAAACUUGAACUCACCAACAACAUCCCGGGGCCUCUGAAGAUAUUACCUCCCUUGGGUGAAGGUGGCAGUCUCACAGACAGACUGGAGAGGGCACUUGGUUCCGUCGCGCCAUUACUGAGGGAAAUAUUUGUAGACUUUGCUCCCUUCCUUUCCAAAACUCUCAUUGGAUCCCACGGACAGGAACUUCUCAUAGGAGGUCUGGUGACGUUGAAGCAGAGCACGUCUGUGGUGGAGUUGGUGAUGUUGCUGUGCUCCCAAGAGUGGCAGAACUCCCUACAGAAGCAUGCAGGCCUUGCCUUCAUAGAACUCGUCAAUGAGGGCAGGUUGUUGGCUCAUGCUACCCGGGACCACAUUGUUCGAGUGGCAAAUGAGGCGGAGUUUAUUCUGAACAGAAUGAGAGCUGAGGAUGUGCAGAAGCAUGCCGAGUUUGAGUCCCUGUGUGCCCAGACUACUGUGGACCGGAAGGAUGAGGAGAAACUGUGUGACCACCUCAUCACCUCCGCCAAACGCCGUGACCACGCCCUGUCCGUCAAACUCCGCGAGAAGGUCGUGAACAUCCUCACCAACAAACACGGUGCAUGGGGCGAGCGAAAUCAAAAGAGGAGAGAGUUCUGGAAGUUGGAUGUGUGGGAGGACGACUCGCGCAGGAGGAGACGUCUCGUCAGAAACAAUUUAGGAUCCAGUCACCCUGAAGCCACUCUCAAGGCAGCUAUUGAACAUGGUGCUACCGAAGAUGCAAUAAACCAGGCGCGCGAUGCCCUCCACUCCCACCUGUCAUCACUGAAGAAGUCCCAGAAGGAAACUACGGAUUACACGGACGAAGAGCUCCUUAUGGAGGAGAAGGAGUUUGACCAGGACUUCUCGGGUCCUGUUGCCUUAUCAACUCCGUGUAAACUGGUAGCCCCAGGGGUGGCUGUAGCUGGCACUGUGUCCAUCACCAAGUCCGAGCUGUACUUCGAGAUGGAUGAAGACGAAGCCGAGAACAAGACGAUAGAUCAGAAGGUUCUGGCCUAUGUGGAUCAGCUGCAUGGGAAAUGGAACUUCACCGAAAUACGCGCCAUCUUCUCACGACGAUACCUGCUGCAGAACGUGGGCAUCGAGAUCUUCAUGUCCAACAGAACCGCUGUGAUGUUUGCUUUCCCUGACCAUGCCACAGUAAAGAAAGUCAUCAAUGCCUUGCCGCGUGUUGGAGUCGGAAUAAAAUAUGGACUUCCACAGGCGAGACGGAUGUCGCUCGCGUCAGGCAAACAGUUGUACAAGUUGUCCUCUAUGACCCAGAAGUGGCAGAGGAGGGAGAUCUCCAACUUCGACUACAUCAUGUACCUCAACACCAUCGCAGGUCGCACGUACAAUGACCUGAAUCAGUACCCAGUGUUCCCGUGGGUGCUGGUCAACUACGACUCGGAAGAACUGGACCUGAGCCAGCCUGCGAACUACAGAGACCUCUCCAAGCCAAUCGGAGCUCUGAAUGAGACGCGAAAGGCGUACUUCGAGGAGCGGUACCAGACGUGGGAGCAUGAUCAGAUCCCGCCAUUCCACUACGGAACCCACUACUCCACUGCAGCAUUCACACUCAACUGGCUGAUUAGAGUGGAGCCCUUCACCACCAUGUUCCUGAACCUGCAAGAGGGCAAGUUUGACCACCCCAACCGGAUCUUCACAUCCAUCAGCCAGGCCUGGAAGAACUGCCAGAGAGACACCUCCGAUGUCAAGGAGCUGAUCCCCGAGUUCUACUGCCUCCCAGAGAUGCUCAUCAACAGCAGUGGAUACAACCUCGGCAAGCAGGAGGAAGGCGAUGUCGUCAACGAUGUCAUCCUUCCACCCUGGGCCAAGUCCCCUCACGACUUUGUCAGGAUAUUGAGAAUGGCCCUGGAGUCAGAGUUUGUGUCCUGUCAGCUGCAUCACUGGGUCGACCUCAUCUUCGGCUACAAGCAGAAGGGUCCCGAGGCUGUGCGUUCCACAAAUAUAUUCUACUACCUGACGUACGAGGGUGCUGCCAACCUAGAAGCCAUGACGGACCCGAUCAUGAAGGAGGCCAUUGAAAAUCAAAUCCGCAGUUUUGGUCAGACCCCGACACAGCUCCUUGCAGAGCCUCAUCCUCCGCGCAGCUCCGUCAUGCAUCUGCUAACCGAAAAGAUAAAGGAACGCAGAAGUAGAGGGCUAGCAAAGACGCCGAUGAUGUUCUCCAACGUCCAGGAUGAUGUCUGCAUGAUCAUGAAGUUUCUGUCCAACUCCCCCGUGACUCAUGUCUCUGCCAACACCCACCCUGCCGUCCCUGUCCCCGCCGUCAUCACCAUCACCUGCAACCACAACUACGCCAUCAACCGCUGGAACAACAACUACCAUCCCCAGAGUGCCAGCACCAGCUUCUCAUCAGACAAGCAGGACCCCCAGAACCACCCCCAGCUGCCCCUCGCCAUGGACCAGUUUCUAGUGCUGAACACAGGCCUCCAGCGGCGCACCCUGGGAGACAACUUCGACCAGAGACAAAAGGUAUCCCACUCCAGCUUCAUCACCACGGCAGACAACAGGUUCAUCUUCGCCAGCGGCUUCUGGGACAAGAGUUUCCGACUCUUCCAGUCUGACAUAGCACGGAUCCUGCAGGUUGUGUAUGGCCACUUUGACAUCGUGACGUGCAUCGCGAGGUCAGAGUGCAACAUGAACCAGGACUGCUACAUCGUCACCGGCUCCAAGGACUGCACCGUCAUGGUGUGGAUGUUCAACUCCAAGAACCAGGCAGUCAUCGGCGACAAUGGCAGUAUAGAGAACCCCACGCCCAAGGCUAUCCUGACCGGCCACCAGACUGAGGUCACAUGUGUGGCUGUCCUUGCAGAGCUAGGCAUGGUUCUCAGUGGCUCCAAAGAUGGCCCCUGCCUGGUCCACACCCUCGGCGGUGACCUGCUGCGGUCCCUAGACCCCCCUGAGUCCUGCUCCACCCCCAACCAGAUUGUGAUAUCCCGGGAAGCUUUCAUCCUCGUCAACUACGACAAGGGCAAUCUGUGCAACUUCAGUGUCAACGGACAACUUCUACGUUUCAUCAAACACAGGGACAAUAUACAGUCAAUGAUCCUCAGUCGUGACGGCCAGUACUUGAUGAUGGGCGGGGACGAGGGCAUGGUGGAGGUGUGGCGGUCACAUGACUUCACGUUACUGUACACGUACCCCACCUGUGACAGCAGUAUACGCUCACUGUCUCUCACACACGAUCACAAAUUUUUGAUAGCAGGAUUAGCAACGGGAUGUUUACUAGUAUUCAACAUAGAUUUCAACAAAUGGCACCACGAGUACCAGGACCGAUACACAUAGUUCUGCCAUGUUGGAGUAUACCACCGCUGAGCCUGUCAUGUGACCUGAUGUGUGACCUCUGACAUGAACUAUGACCUUGACAGAUGAAGGUCAAACGGAAGAAGGUGGCAUGCAUGAUCAAAUGUGUCACUUUGCCCUGAUGAGCCGACUCCCAACAUUGUCAACAUAUCACACAGAUACUGUGUUUCUAGAUCCCUUUAGAACAGUGUAUAACUGUAAUACAGUAUUGUUAAUAGCGUGUUAAUGUAUACCAGUGCUUGAAGGAAACAUACAAGCUAUUUAAUCUCUUUCCUGUUGAAAAUUCACUUAGACAUUUUUUUUCUUACUUGGUUUAUGGAUCUGCAAAACCUACAUUCAACAAAUGUGGUUAAAAAUCAAUAUUUUUAAUACAAAUUUAUUUUCUUCAUGGGAACUAAUUUCAGUAAAUAAAAAAUGUCAAAUUAGGUCAUAAUAGGAAGGGAAGUAACCCUGUAUUUCAUCUGUCAAAAAGCUGCGUUUCUUUUAAAUUUGCUUGUUCUCUUUGUCACUUUACUCUUUUAAGACUUCACUUAAUAAAAAAACUAUUUUGAUUUCGUUUUAUGAAAUCUGAAAAAAACCCAGUUUAUUAAAAAACCUUUAUUCAUUAUUAACAAUAAAAAAAAUAGAGAAUAUACUCAAUAAUAAUAUAUAACAACCGUGGUAUACUAACAUAUUUCUCAGUCAGAGGUAAACGUAGAACUUGUAGGGUAUUUUGAAUUUCAAGAAAGUAGCAAGAAUUCAGAAACUCUACUUUGAGGAGUAGAUUUGAGUUGUAGAUUGUUACAAGUUUUUAUAUUCUUUUUUCCUUGUUGAAUAUGCUAUGUCCACACUCUGUGUCAAGAUUCAUCCCCAAAGACUAUUUUUAUAUAGAUGUCAACAAUAUAUCUGAAUGAUAUAUUGACUGCAUGAUAUUGAGAUGUGUUUGAUGCUUGAGGUGAUGAAAUGCAUUCCCCUCAUAACCAGUUGCUUUUGUGCACAGAGAAAUGUCUUGGAGCAGUCAAAGAUUCCUGAUGUUUAGGCCACUGGGUUAUUUUCAAAUUCUAGACAGUCGCUGAUAGAUGUUCGUAGGGUGUUUACUAUUUAUAGCCCACUUUUGGUCUCGUUGCUAUGGUUGAUACACCUGCCGUUGUCAGGGAAAAGUUGAACUGAUACACCGACGCAUUUCACUGAAACACACAUGUACCAGGAGUCAAUACACCCCUUCAUACAGGCGCAACAGUUACUUAGAAGAAUGUUUAAAUGUCAUUCUGUAAGAAAACUUAAAGUCUCUCUCAGUGUGCACAUUUUUAAGCAAAUGGGAAAAAAAACUUGCACAUUUACGUACUCCCACAAUUGCUUACAUGCGACAUUCUAUUGAUGACAUCGUACAGCAACAUGACGUCCUGCAACGAGGUUACAAUGCAGACAUAGUAGUUUGAGGAACAUAGUAUCCCUACUCUCUUUCACUUUCACCAUGAGCAAUAAGCGACCUGUCAUCAUUUAGGACCUAGUUCGCUUUUUGUGUGGUAUGUUACUCCAUAUAUGUGACAAUUUGACUUUCCUCAGCUUUAUCGCUUCAUUUGGCGAUAUGCUGACAUGAAAUACGUUCAAGGAAUCAUGAAACACGACAGUUCAAGUUGCGUAUCGAACGCAAAAUGCAUUUUGCACCACAACUGAAAUUUUUUGGGCAGACAUUAAUAUGUUCACUUAACGCUAGUGUCUUAUUGAGUGCGUUUGUUUCACAAUUCUAAUGGGAAGUGUUUAAGAGAGGUGUGCAGAGUUGCGUCCUUUGGGCAUGCCAGAAACCUAUGAUCGUGGGUUCGAAUUACGGUUCGCCCAGAUUGUGUUUCUAGAUUUGUAAGCACCAUUUCUGUGCUUGUGGGUUUCACCAAAGUGGUAGGCAUCUGGGACCUGCAUCACUUCCGGCUUUCCUCUCACAUUAAGCUGACACACCGUCAUAUAACUAGAAUACUGUUCAAAUUGGCGUUGAAGCCAAAUCACUCACUCAUUUAGUAUGGGAGUGAAAAAUGUGGCAAAGUUCAAAGGCAAGCCCUUGCUUCUAAUAUGAAAUUAGUUCAUGUAUAUUAUUAAUUGAACAAUCCUGCCAUUAUUAUUAUUAUUAUUAUUAUAAUGUCACAGUAAGAAAUGUCUCGUCACAUUCAACAACUUAAUGAUAUGACAGUCAUUGCAAUAAGUUCCCAUAUUUUUAUCAUAGUAAGGUGUGAGUGAUAUUGGGAGCCUGAUGGAGAUUUGAACCAUUGGUUACUGAAUGAACACCUUCCCAUUAUUACCAUUGUAGGAGAUGCACCAAGUGAUCGCGACAUAUUCUCAGGUUUGUUAUGUUAAAAAGAAAUUCUGAAGUGUUACCAUGUGGUAGGACAAUAGUAUUUAACAUGCGUCAAUCCAAAAUGCUUGUAUAAGUAAAUAAGCCAUAAAACAUAAUAUAUGUUGUUUAUAUCAACUCUGCUUGAAUAGCAUCUGUGUAUAUCAACAGCUUUUGUUUAAUUCUUCAACUUCACUGCCUUUGUCAGAUGUAUUGUCAGGAUAUGAUCCUACUUGUAGAACAACUGCUUCAAAUCAAGCUCCAGACUUUAAGUGACUGUGAGGUAGGAGUUAAAGGGUAGUGAAUUUAGCAAAUAAUGGAAUCUUGCAUUGUGCAAUUGCUGGAUGAGAUAAGGUCAAUGAGUCAGCCUAUCCACACCCUAAAUUCCUGUAUGACACAGAAUCAAGUCAUCAUGGCGUACGGGUUGGUUGUCUGCUCCAAGCUGUGAUGUGGUUAGAUUUUGCCUAUGCAAUUAUGAACUAGAGGUCUGCUUGCUGCAUUUGUUAGAAGAUUUUAACCUUGAUGUGUGAAUAAUGUUCUAUAUUUGUGUAGAAAUGGUACAGAGGCAGUUCCUGGCAGUCUAUGACUUGCUUAACCCUCUAUGUUCCAAUAUAUGUUUCAAAUUGACAAUAAUUUUUGUUCAAGAAUUUUUGGGACAAUUUUUUCUUCAAAAAUAAAGUUUUAUAUCUUUUCUGUGAAAUAAAGCAAUGUGGGAUAUAUUUUGAAGAUGUCUUAAUCAAAUAUAUUGAAUACCCUUGAAAAUUACUAUGAUUUUUAGCUGGUGUACAUUCCUUCAAAACCUCGAUUAAUUCACUAAUCCUAGCUCAGAAUGAUUUAAUCUCUGGUAAUCCUGGUUGUGAAUUAAUAGUUUAACAUUCCCCUACUAAACCAUUUUUCAGAGUUCUAUCUGUUGUAAAAUGCUUCUUCUUUUUUAAAGAUUCAGUUUUGACUGGUGUAUUUCUGAAUCUGAUGUUUUCUUUGUUAUUCUCAACAUUUAAGGGCACAUAUCAACUCUGUUAAUAUAAAUUAGUUUGGGAGAUUUUAGAAAAUGGUAAACAGUUCAACACCAUACAUUAUGUUAUAUAUAGUUACAAGUAGUUUUAGGAACGUAGUCUCACUGAGUGAUAUGUGCCUGUAAGUGUUUAGGAACAUACUCUCAAGCUCAUUCCAGUGUUGUGCUAACAUUUUGUUCUUAUUUGUUAUUUGAGCAAAGCUUGCAAUAUGUUUUGUCAGUUUUCUAGUAUUUACAAUGGAUGGUUUGAGUUGAAAUGGUUAAGUUUAUAACUGGUUGUAUUGUUGAUUAUUACAGUUUUAUUUUGGUGUACAUUUGGACUAGCAUUCCAUGCUUUUUGUUGUUGAAGAGCGGUGUCCCACGAGUCAGGUAGUGAAUGCACCGUCAUUGCGACUUGCAUUUGUAACAUGGAAAGACUGGCAAUAUAUUUACCAUGCUUUAAUUUCCUGAUUUACAGUAUUGCCGUGGGAGUACUGGCUGUACGAGCUGAGAGUAACAUUGCUUAGAAAUUGAUUGUGGGUGAUUGAAAUAUAGCUAGAUUCGUAUUUAGUUUGACUGUUUGAGAGUCAUGUCAUCGGUUUUCUCAUUCAUUCCUCAGUCAAUUUUGGGAAAAUUUGUGUGCAGAAUAAAUUGAUGUUAUAUGUAUAUUGUUUACUUACUACGGAACUAUUUUGUCAUCAAAGAUAUUUGUUCUUGUUUGCCAUCAACAGUAUGUUGGUUCCCUGUAUAUUAAGACAGAGAUGAAUGGUGAUUGUCUAGAUGUGAGUGGAGGGUGACUGUUCUUGUUGUCAUCAAUACAAGUCCAAGUAUAUAUUGCUCAAAAUGUUUCCUCAACCGAAACUAUGACGCAUGAUAUUGUUGUAUUAAAAAGUGAGUUAUCUCCCUUUAGCAGAUUUUUUAUUUUAAGUUCCAACAGUAGUGUUAGGGAAAACAUGGUCUCUCAGAGUUACCUCCCUUGUAAAAAUUUAAGAUGUAGUCAUAUGUACGUGUAUAAAAGAUGUAUCAAAGAUUUCAAAUUGUGAACAUCCUAAGGGGAGAUAACUCAUUUCUACCUUAAAGUAUGGCAUCUCUAUGUGAGUAGUGUACGUGAGUUGUAGGUUCACUACACAGGCUGUAGCGCUACAAGAUAAGCAAUUGUAUAUAAAACCUAGAAGCUAAGAAUAUGCUGUACAGGUGUCCAGACUGUUGUUCUAGUUCUCAAUACGGUUGUGUAAUCCUCUGGACUAUAGUAUUUAUUUGAUGAGGGGGCUGGGUGAAGUGCUUCUGUGUAAGUUAUUCAAAGUGUAUAUUCUUGAUUAUCCUGUGCAUGUAUGGCAUACCUUAUACAAAUGUUGAUAAUACAGUUUUGUGGUUUUCUUAUUAAUCAGAUGAACUUAUUGCACAACAUAUCAACUUGAAUGAUUCCAGUGUAAGAUAAGGCACAAUUCGUAUGUAUGGUCACUGGCUCAAUCUUCUGUUGAUUUUGGUUCGGUUGAAUCAAAUUUUUGUUGAAGUUUGAAGCAUGUUUCACAUAUUGAUUCACAUUUCAGUUGUCAACAUGAGUCACAUUUCAGUUGACAUGUGAAACAUGAUUCACAUUUUUGGUUGAUAUGUGAAACAUGAUUCACAUUAUCAGUUUUAGUAAAAUGUGAUUCACGUUUUGGGUUGACAUGUGAAACAUGUUUCACAUUUUGGGUUGACAUGUGAAACAUGAUUCCAAUAUUCUAUAUUCACCUGAACCAUAAGUAUGAUGCACCUAAAUAAUUCUUACUAUAACCUUUGUCCUGCUAGACUAUAUCUAUUAUAUCCUGUGACUUGUGUUUGAUCAAGCAAUUAUGUGAUCAUUCAUAGAUUUACAUCUGUGAUGUUUUAGCUGAGUCAACAAUAUCAACUAACAAUGGCAAUAGACUUGAACAAGCAAGUGACCUUGACAUUCAGCUGAUGACAAUUUUCUUUCGUUGCAAAUCCUCUGAUGCAGUGUUUGAACACGCCAUUGUCACAAAAUCACCACAGUGAGAAGAAUUCCAACCGACGUGUUGCUUCCUUGCUUCUUCAUAUUUCAUUAGCACUCAUUGCAUGUAUUAAUUUGUGGAUAGUGACCGACGCCACCAGAUUGGUAUGUAUACAAAUAUGUAUAAAAAUAUCUAUGUUCCAGCUUCUCUUCUGUAAUGCUAGUAGCAGUUUUAAAUAAUGUACUCUUAUCUAGGAACAAGUUGUCAUAAUAAAAAAUGAAACAAAUA